UUUAGUGGGAUUUUUCACUUCCCUCGUAAAAAAAAAAAACUUAAAUCUAUUUUCAGGUGAAUUUUCAGAUUUACUGAUUGUGAGACUUGUAUGAUAAAUAAAGUAUUUAUUAUUUAUCAGAAGCACCUGAAGUUCUGUAUUAUUAUUUGUUUGGGAAAUGCUCACCUGCAUCAAGACAACAUUAAAGCAAUUGAUAGUUGUACAUUUUGUUAUUCAUCCUAUACAUGUAAUUGUGUAAAAUUUCCCAGUAGUAUGUUCAUUCCAUACGUUAAUAAUUGAAUACCUCUUCGUGACUUCAUCCUUUUCUUUAGAAAUCCAUAUUCUGAACAAAAUUUCACAAUGGACGUACUACCUCAAAAUUUUCGAACUUUAUCAUUGUGUGGUCUAUGGAAUGAAACUGAUAAAUUCUCACCAGUGUUCAUCAUCUAUAAAUUAUUCGUUUUAUUUCUAAUUUUUCAUAUUUCGUUAGGUCAAGUAAUAUAUGUUUUUGUAACGAGUAAAAGUGUUAAGGAACUGACGAACGGUUUGAUAUUUACUGUCACGUUCGUUACACUUUGUGUCAAGUUAAUUAACUUUGUGUCUAAGGUGAAGGAUAUGAGACGAUUGUUAAAUAUGUUUCGGGAGGAUAUUUGUCAACCGAUACUAUCAGAGGAGAGACGGAUUUUGAAUGAUUGUAGAACGAAAAAUUCACGAUUCUUCUUUCUGUUGAUAAUUGUAUCGCAAAGUGUGAGUUUAACCUACAUGAGUCAACCAAUUUUCUUAGGCGAAUUAAUAGAAUUGCCGUUGAGAAUUUAUGAUCCUUUUGAUACAACGGAUUUUACGAUGUUGACAAUUUUGUAUGUCAUGCAAGUGGUUGAGUGUAUUUAUUCCGUUUGCCUACACAUGUGUUUGGAUACAAUGAUUUUUGGUUUUAUAAAUUUAGUUUGUGCUUUGUUCGAUAUACUUUGUUUUCGUCUGCAGAAUAUGGGAAAGGGGAAUUUAUCCGUAGUUUCGUUUAACGAUUGCUUUAAAUUGCAUAUUGUUAUUUUGAAAAUUUUGAAAAGUCUGAAUUCUGUCUUUAUGGGAGCAAUCGCUAUUAUGUUCGUUCUAAUUCUCCUGGUGAUCUGUAGUGGAAUUUUCCAAAUAACAGAGAAAUCAUCCAAAUUUAACGUAGACAAAAUAAUAUUACUGUAUUUUAUCUCAUUCAUCAUAGGCCAAGCUUACGUCUACUGUUGGUUUGGAUCUGAACUUGAGGAAAAGGUAAAAAAUUUAGCAUCUACUGCAUAUGAAGUCGACUGGUCUUGUGCAUCGACUGCGGAAAUUAAAAAUCUGUCAUUUAUGAUUUUAAUUGCUCAAAGAGGAUCCACUAUUUCUUACAGAGGAAUCUGUACAUUAAGUCAUGAAACAUUUGGUUUGAUAAUGAAGUCAUCAUACGCCGCAUUGAAUGUCCUUAAGUGUUAUUCCGAAAUUUAAAAAGUAGAUAUUUCCAGCCUUUUAUAAUUAUAGCCUAAUUAAGCCUAAUUAUAUAUUAAGCAGGAUAAAUCGAAGAAGGCUCAUCAAGUAUUUCUGAAUUAGCCUCGACUAACAACCAGAAGAAAAAUCCAAAAGUGCAGAUCAACCUGAACCAGGAUUUCGCUAGAUUUACAUCUCAAUUAUGAUUUCUCUUAAGCUGUGUGACUAAAUAAAAAAAAAAACUGAAUACGAAAAGUGACUAUGUUUCGUAAAUCUCUA